CCCCAGACCGCGGGGUAGUUCCAAAGUAACAAUGGAGCCGACGGCAACCCGAUCUGCGUCUGCUCGCCUCCUCCAUCCUCCAUCAACAGCAAUUCUGUCUGGAAAUGAUUUCGGUCAGGAGCGGGUUAGGUGCAGGUCGCUUAUGUCGGGUGUCUUAUGCUGAGUGCAGGUGGUGACAGUUCCACUGUUGCGUUCGCAUGGCAAGGGUCGCAACUCAAUGGCAAACUCAACGCGUGAAAAACGCCGCUGUCCCUGAUGACAAGAUAGGCCACCCAAAGGCCAAAACUCGCCGUUCCGUUCCGUUCAGUUCCGGACACCUGCUCCGCGUGAGCCGCCAUCAGAUACAGCAGGCCGACAGUGGUCUCGUCACUCUGCCUUUCUCUCUCUCGCACCCCGACGAGUGCGAGAGAGACAGCACCGUUCGGAAUCAGCCUGCUGCAGUGCAGAUUCGCUCUCCUCCGGCCACACCGUCAAGCCGUCACCUCGCCGGAUGAUUUCGGCGUUGGUCGCGCGGAAACAGCUACGCUGGCCAAGAGCUGCCAACCUCACGGCCCGACCAGAGCGAUCAACAGGCAGCCACCCUUUGGCCUGGCCUGCUGGGCCUGCUGGUUACCACGAGGGCACUAAUGAGUGAAGGCACGUUAGACGCUGACGUCACCGCACCGCGCGUACCGCGGACGCACAGCCAGCCAGUCGGCCGUCAUGUUGGCACGCCCCGUCCGCCUGGACUUCCCUGCAUCCCUCAAUGCUCCCCUGCCUCCCCGCGAACGGCUGCCGAAGACGCCAGAGGACACUGCCCCUCCCCUCUCCAUCUCCCCGGACUACUCCGGUCCUCCGGUCGGGUGAGACGACGGGACGACGACGGGACGGGCCCAAACGCCGUGAGCGUCAUCGCGCCGCAGACGCCGCAGCGCCACAAAACACAACGGGAUGAGAUUCUCAUACUGGAUGCCAGCCGGAGCCAGAGGUACCGGAGGUGGGCCCGGCUGCCGGCCCCUCCCGGGCCCUGUGCCCAGGCUGUGCCCUGGACGGAGCCCGGACUUUCUCGGACGUGACGUCUCAGCGGGCCUAGCGGAGCGGGCCGGGUUGGCCGGGUCGGCGGGGCUUCUUCUUGUUCACCUCUCCACUUUCCUCCGUCCCCACCUUGCCGGGCCGCCGCCCCCUUGCCCCCGCCCCUCUCCGUUUGACACUUGGCACACACCGGCGCCUUCGUUGGGCACAAUUUGGUCAACAGGUGCAACAUAAUUUUGAUGCUCUUACAAUGCGAGGUUUAUCACGAACCACAAAAGUGCUCAUAGCAGUUGGAGUUGCUUGCUCAAUUUUGAUUUUGUUGAAUAUGUUAGAGCUACGUAACAUAAGGGAACCUGGACCAGCACCUCAAAAAUUAAAAGCAACCAAAGCCAAGCAACCAAAAUUUGUGGUUUAUACCAAAGAUGGAAGAACAGGACACUUGAAGCAUGUGUUCAACGUUAUGAGAAGGCUUGGAUAUGAGGAAAGUACAGUGGAGGAUAACUGGGAUGUACUCUGGUCACAUCCUUACCCAUUUACUAUACUGCCCGCACUGAAACACCUCAAACCGCACCAAAAGGUCAAUCAUUUUCCUGGAUCAGGUUUUAUAACAAACAAAGCUAACUUAGCAACAAUGGAUAUACCUCAUGUUCCCAAAGCAUUCCGCUUGCCUAAGGACAGAGAACUUCUGUUUGACUAUGUGAAAAGAAAUCCUAAAAAAGUAUUCGUACAGAAAUCCAACCAUCAUCGUGGUAUCAAAAUUUCAAAUGUGAAAGAAUUAGACCUAUCAGCAAAUGGAACAUUUGUCCAAGAAUAUGUCGACAGGCCUCUCUUGGUGGACGGCUACAAAUUUGACAUUGGUGUUUAUACCAUCUUAACAUCUGUUGAUCCAUUACGUGUGUACAUUUAUGGUGGGGAUGUACUAUUUAGGUUUUGCCCUGAGAAGUAUCAUCCCUUCGAUCCUAAAGUUGUGGAUAAAUAUGUUAUAGGGGAUGACUAUUUGCCAACAUGGAAAGUACCAUCUCUCAAGAAAUACUUUACUGAUGGUGGUUUUUCAAUGAAAGACAGUUUUGACGCAUACAUGAGAGAGAUAGGAAAGGAACCAGAAAAAGUGUGGAAGUCAGUUGAAGCUGCGAUACAAGAAGUAUACCUACAAACAGAACUAUCAAUAGUGAAUCUUUUAUCACAAUACAAGACCAAGCAAACUUACUUUGAAAUGGUCCGAUUUGACUUUGUGAUAGAUGAAGAUCUCAAUGUUUUUAUAAUGGAGGCAAAUAUGUCUCCUAACUUGUCAUCUCAACACUUUCCCCCAAAUUCCAUUUUGUAUGAGCAAGUUCUAUUCAAUCUACUGAGCUUGGUUGGAGUGGGCCAGCAGGUUCACAAGGAAUCAUUGAUAAGAACAAAAGAAGAAAUGAUCAUGCAAGUAAACUCAAAACAAUUAGGUGUAUACCCAGAAAUUUGUGGGACUAGAUGUGAUACAUGCAUGGCACCUGAGUGCCAAAUCUGCCAAGGCUGCUUGACAGAAGAAAUGCACAGGACCCUGCAGGCAGCCUACUUAGAACAUGUGAAUCGACAUGAAUGCCGGCGUGUUUUUCCACCCCCGAUGACUCAGAAAGAGGCAGCAAAACACUUUGUGUCAGAUUCUUACUCCCCAGAGAAUCAGUUAAUGUACCGCUGGUUCAAGGGCAAAUGCUUGCUUGACAAGGCGUGGUGUGAGUAAACCAAAGACUGAAUUACAGGUGCUUACAUUCAAUUCAAAGAAGUACAAAAUCAUUUUAAAAAUAUAAAAAAAUAGUGCCAUUUACUCAUGAGCAUAAAAUCAGACAAUUCAACAGCAAUGUCAUUUUCUAUUUUUGAAUUCAUUCAAACUGGCCAUUUUAAUUAAGAUUUAAAGAUAUUGUUGAUUUCUUUCCAUAAUUAUGUUUAUUGACAAGUCUGUGAGAGAAUCAUAAUCAUAAACUACCAGUAUUUUUGCAAGUGCAAAGCCAACAGUUUUAUAUUUUUUAUAAUAAAAUAAAACAUAAUAGUGAUUCAUCAAAAA